UCUUAAAGCUCUGAAACACAAAUGUCAUUAACCCUAAAAUGAUGGAAACACCUAAUGAACGCCGCUUGGCGGGACAAUUCUGCGAUGCUAUCCUGCAAGUUGAAGAUGUUCAGUUCCCAAUCCACAGAAUCAUCCUUUGUGAUUGCGGCCCUUUCUUCCAAGCUCUUUUUCAACACCAGGUGACCACAGAAAAGGUUUUCCACAUAACCCAUGUGUCUCCUGACAUUAUGCAGAUCAUCAUUGAUUUUGCAUACACCGACUCUCUUGCUGUUACGAAGGACAAUGUGCAGGAGUUGAUAGUCACAGCUGAUAUGUUCAACAUAACGAGCAUCAUAGAAGCAUGUUCCAAAUUUAUCUGUGAGCACCUUUGCCCACAGAACUGCAUCUGCAUCUGGCAAUUCACAGAUAUCUACCCCUUCUCCGACCUGCGGCGCAAGGCCUUCCACUACAUCAUGAGGCACUUUGAGGGGGUGGUUAACUGUGAAGAAUACCUGCAGCUCUCUUUGCAGGAGCUCACAGAAAUUCUUGGCAAAGAUGAAGUCAACGUGAGGAAUGAGAGGACUUUGUUUGACGUCAUCCUGCGCUGGAUCACACACAUACCCAAAGAACGAGAACAACACAUGGCUGUGCUUCUGUCUAAGGUGCGACUGGGCAGGACAAGCAUUGAGUACAUAGAAAACAAUGUGAUGACCAAUGAGCUGGUGAAGUUCAACCCUGAGUGCCUGGAAAUAGUCAACCGUUCCUUCAAAAUAUUGUGGUCCUUCACCACACACAUACACAAACCCUUUAAAUCAUGUUUGAGAGACACUCCCGCCCGUCCUCGUCUGCCUGAUUCCAUCAUCAUGGUCUCUGGAGGCAAGAAUUUCAGUACUGUCUCUUGCGGUAUUGAGAUGUACGAUCCCCUUGUGGAUCGCUGGAUCAUCAGCAGAGACAAGCUGAAGGAUCCUCGGGCCCAUCACGGGACCGUCUUCCUUGAUGGUUAUGUCUACUUUGUUGGAGGCUCCGACCUUUUGGAGAUCUUAAACAGCGUGGUCAGGUUGGACCUGAGGACACACACCUGGCAAGAGGUGAUGUACAUGCACUACCGACGUAGCCGCGUGAGCGUAACCAAGCUUAAUGGGUUCAUCUAUGCCUUUGGAGGCACUGAUGGUUAUAUAUGGCUCAACACUGCAGAGCGCUACUGCCCCAAAAGCAACCAGUGGACACUUAUUGCACCCAUGAUCCUGGGAAGGAGGAGUGCAAGCUGCGCAACACUGGAUGGCAAGAUAUAUGUUUGUGGUGGUUUGAUCAGGCAUUAUAGCACGAAGACGGCUGAAUGUUAUGAUCCAGAGACCGACCAGUGGACAAUGAUCGGCCGUAUGAACAUCAGUCGAAGACAACACAGAGUUGUUGCAUAUAAAAACCAAAUCUUUGCAGUCGGUGGCAUAAGGGGUGUACACCCUCUACAAAGCAUUGAGACCUAUGAGCCCCAGACCGACACCUGGAUCUUGCUGUGCCCCAUGAUGAUCUCACGAAGGAACUUUUGCCUUGAGGUGAUAGACGACAAGUUCUAUGUCGUUGGGGGCUCCAAUGUCAGGAAAAGAAGUUAUCACGCAGAAGUCUAUGAUCCCGAAACCGACAUUUGGAGUUCCAUCUCUGACUCAAAGACGUCCUACGACGGCAUGAGCUCUUGUGUUGUGUCCGGAAUCCCCAACAUGGUUGACUUUGCUUUCCCUCGAGACUCUCUGCCACUUUUCGAAAAGUCAGAGAAGGUGUGACUAAUACAUCUUUUGACACGUUAAAUAUAGUCUAUGGUGCAUAUUAUACCUGUUAAAAUUCAUGUCUCACAGACGGUUGAUCUGAGAAGUUUGGAGCCACUGCAGGAAGAUGCUUUAGACACAAAUAUUUUUUACAAAUAGCCUCCAUACUGUCCCUGGUUUUGGGAUGUCAUAAGACAGUCUCCCCUUCUGAAGAAGAUAAAAACGAAAAAUAGGCAAUCUGUUACAAUACUUAAGUGUAACAGUUUGUGUGUGUCUCAACA